AAGAUAAAAAAAAUAAUUCCAAACACCCUUUCUCCUUCCGUCACUUAUUUCAAUCACCGGCGAACAAUCCCCCUUCUCCCUCCACCGUCUCCCGCCGUCUUUCUACCGGCAACCACCACCAUCAUCGUCGUAUACCUCCGUGUUCAUGUAUCAAUGCUGUUUUCACUAGCCAGAUUCUUCUCGUGGAAAUGUUUGAAGGUUUAGUGCGGCAGCUGAUAUUAGGUUAUCUUGGCCGGUAUAUUAAAGAUAUACACAGGGAGCAACUCAAGAUCACAUUAUGGAACGAGGAAGUGUUAUUGGAAAAUGUGGAGUUAAUCUUAGAAGCUUUUGAUUACCUUGAACUUCCAUUUGCUCUCAAGCAAGGUCGUGUUGGGAGGCUAAGCAUUAGAAUCCCCUGGAAAAAGCUCGGCUGGGACCCUAUUAUAAUAGUUUUGGAGGAUAUAUUAGUUUGUGCCUCCCAACGCAAGGAUGAAGAGUGGAGCACCGACAAUGUUGAAAGAAGAGAAUUUGCUGGAAAAAAGGCCAAACUUGCUACAGCAGAGCUGGCAAAGUUAUCGCAACGUGUAUGUGAUGAUCAGACUGGGAACUCAUUUCUUUCAUACAUUACAGCGAAGAUUAUUGAUGGCAUUCAAGUCUCAAUCAGGAAUAUUCAUGUCGUAUAUGGAGAUGUGUCGAAUGACAAGGCUCUAACUGUAUUCGGUUUGAAGUUGGCUAGUUUGACUGCAAUGAAGCAAAAUCUCACUGGGUUAUCAAGCGGAAAAGUGAGAACUGGCCAAGUAAAUAAAGUUGUGGAGAUUCAAGGUUUGGAAAUAUAUUGUAGAACCUUUCAUGGAUCUGCAAAUAACCAGUAUACUGACAAUGGUGAGGACUCCAUGUCAAUGGUUGUUGCAAGCAUUCAAAACGAUGAACAUGUUCACUUGCUGGCCCCAGUCGAUGUUUCAGCUUCUAUAUCGGUGAACCGAUCUGGACGGCUAGAGAAUAAUGCAGCACAAUACUCUAUCGAUGUUGAGUUAUCUGGCUUGGUUUUGUCCCUGAAUGAAGAUCAGCUACAGCAAAUCUUGUAUCUAUAUGAUUAUCUAUGCAUCUGUCGUCUAAGAGAAAAAUAUGGGCGUUAUCGACCAUGGGGAAGCCCUUUAUCAAUGAGGCCUGUGGGAUGGCAGAUACAAUGGUGGCAUUUUGCUCAACAAUCUGUGAUAUCUGAUGUCCGUAAAAGACUGAAAAGAACUUCAUGGAAAUAUCUAGGGGAGCGGAUAGGCAUAAAGCGGCGGUAUGUAAACCUGUACAAACUGAAACUGGAGUGUCUUCGGAAAGAGGAGCCUCUGGAUAGUGCAACUGUUUUGGAGUUGGAUCAAAUGGAGAAAGAAUAUGAUAUAGACGAUAUCUUAAGUUAUCGGUCUGUAGCCGAGAAUGAGCUUCAGGAAUUCUUGGUAGAUUCAAUUUCUGGUAUUGGAGUUAAUGAAGCUGACACUGCUUUUGACAAGUCGUUGGAUGAUGAUCAAACAUCAAGCAAGCCCCAAGGAUGGCUAAAGUGGCUGUCCCGUGGCAUGCUUGGUGCCGGAGGUACGGAUGAUUCCAGCCAGUUCUCUGGUGUUGUAUCAGAUGAAAUAAUCAAGGAUAUUUACGAGGCAACAAAGUUUUAUCCGACACCUUCCCCUGAUUUGGAUGCUGCUGGAAGUGAUAGAAUGCUUCUGUCUUCCAUAAAAUUCUCUAUACAUCAAAUAUCUGCUACACUGCGCAACAAGAAGUUUGAUCGUGCUAUUGCUGAACUGGUUUUUGUGGGGAAUCUUGUGGAGUGCAUGAUUUGGGAGGAUUCUGCUGUUGUUAAUGCCUCGAUCAAUGCCGUGGAGAUGAUGAAUCCAUUAAGUGAGCACGCCAUUUUACUUGUUAAAAGGGUCGUUUUUGCGGAGGCUGCAGAGCAUGAUCUAGAUGUGGAGAAACCAUCUCUAAAUAUCCAAGCUUACAUUCCGAAAGAAAAUCGUGAGGGUGAACUGACAUUGAAGGUCCUGCUUGAACCAGUUAAAGUGAUAUGUGAUCCAACAUUUUUUUUGAAUAUCAUGGAGUUUUAUACGGUGCUGAAUUCCUUCAAAUCUCAUGAAGAAAGGGUCCUUAAUUCGCUUAAUGGGAUAAAUGACGUGAAGUCGCGGCUAAUAUCAAAAGCUGAAUAUAUAUUGUCAAGUCGGAGGAGAAUGAUGUGGGAUAUUAGUUUGAAAAAUGUUAAGAUAAUCAUCCCAUGGGAGAUCGGAAACUCAGAGAUUCAUAAAUUGGUACUUGGAUUAACAGGUGUUACUUUUGCAUCAAAACAUGAUAUUGGCUGUAUUGCCCCUGACAUUAAUGUACCACCCCAAUUCACGAGGAAUUUGAUAGAUCUUGAUUCUUCAAAUGAUAUUCUAAAGGGCGUUCAGAUUCAAGAUCUGCAUGAUCACUUUGAAGUAAAAAUAAUAGAUUUCGAGAUAAAUUUGUCUGUGCCUUACUCUCCUCAUACUUUCCCUAUUUUGGAGAAACUCAAUGCUUCUUCUGCUUUAGCAAUGUGCAUUGUCCAGGAUGAGCCAUUAUUGAAAACAUUGGAGGUUUAUGUUGUGGUGGAAACCCUUUUGGCACACUUGUCGCCCUCAAUAGUUGGUGCAGUUUUGGAACUGAUUGAAAGCGUUGAUAAGCUGUAUCAACCAUCACACUCAGGGACAACAACAGUAACCUCAUCAUAUGAUAUGGACUUGCCUCAACCAAAAAACAUAAGUACCUCUUGGGUUUCUGUUAUUGCUAAUUUGGAUUCUUCUAAAGUCAUUGUUGACCUUGAAAAUGGAUUGGAGGCUAGCUGCACACUAACUGUUUCUCUGCAGGACUUAGAAAUCAGAUUUAUUGUUAAGGAAUUCGUAAAAGCGUGCUGGAUAUGUUCACGGGCUUUCAAAGUAACUUCUUAUUCAUUGAAAAGCGGUGAUGAUCUUAUACUAUGCUUGUCUGAGAAUAGUUUUUCUACUCACUCAUCACAACAGUAUGAAGAUGAAUCAAAUGUCUCACCAAAUGGGUGCCUCAUGUUACAUUAUGAUGGUGAUUUGGCCGAGCACAGGUUUAGCAUAUGGUUAAGUGAUGUUGAUCUUCAUUGCUAUCCAUAUAUUAUUGGAUUGCUGGCUGGAUUUAUUGAUAAGCUAUCCAAAUGCGCUCCUUCACAUGCAGUAAAGAAUCAGAAUGUUGUGGGAAGUAGCAGUACCUUAUCUGGUUCAUAUUUUGACUUCCAGAAGUUUGGUUGCUCUAAUAUAUCUGAGACUAGUUCUUCUGAUUGGGAAAGUAUCUCAGUUGAGCAUUACCCUUUUGUUACUAUAUAUAAUGAAAGGUCACUUUUUGAUCUUGAAAACUCACUUAUUGACAUCAGUCCAGACUGGAAAAGGGCUUUUAAUAUUAGAGGGAGUAAGAUAAAUAGUUCAAAGUUCAGUGCAAAAAAGGAAUUUCAGAAACUAUACACCCCAUUUGUUGGAACUAAUGGCAUAAAUUUACCAUCGGAUCUUGAUCAAGUAGGCUUGGUUGUAGUUAAUCUUCACCUCAGCAGCAUAAGACUGCACUUUCAUGACUCGAAAUGCAUUGUUGCGUCUGCUACUCUUCCUGCUGCUAAAUCUUCUAUUGCUAUCCAUGAAGACUCUUUUGAUGUGCUUUGUUCUACCGAGGGGUUGAUUGUCUCAUCAUAUUGGUAUCCACAGGCUCUGAAAGACUGUUUAUGGGGCCCUGCAUCACCAAAUCUUUCCCCAGUGCUAAACAUUCGUGUGAAGAAAGGAAACCGUGAAUCAGCAGGAUCUCGUAUUGAACUAGAUUUUGGUAUUCAAAACGUAUCUUGUAUCUUGCCACCUGAGUUUCUGGCCGUUCUCAUUGGUUACUUUUCAUUGCCUGAUUGGAACUCACAUGAAAAGGAGUCACCUGCAGGGGACAACAUUAGUUUGACUUAUAAGUUUGAAAUAUUGGACUCUAUUUUAUUUGCACCCGUGGUUAAUGCUCGUGACCAGUUUCUAAAGCUUGAUAUUCCACAGCUGUACUGCUCUUUUAUUGAGAACUCUGAUUUGGGUAUCCUUUUGAAAGGCAUCCCUGCUGAGUGUUGUGUUGCAGAGAACUUUAUUGCAGAUCAUAAUCAUUGUCUAAAUUUAUUCGGAAGGAGCUUAUCUCUACAUCAUCUUCUUCUGAAAGAUGAGGUUUCUGAUCCUUCGAAGUUUAAUCACAUUAUUGAACGAAGUGUUAGAUUAGUUGAAUCUUUUAGUGGAGAUAUAUGGAUCAAAAUACCAUAUGGAUCUGAGAAUCUAUGUACUACUGCUGCUUCUUCAAUAUGUGUCAUGUCAAGGAUUAGUAAUUCCCAACUUAUUGUUGAAGGAAGCGACAUACUUGGCUGUUUUGGACUAUUAGGAGAUGUCAUUGAGGAGUUCUCGUCUGUUGGAAGUCUAUCUCGAUGUUUCACUUCUGAUGUUUUACACUUUUUCCAGUCAAAGAGGAGUUCUAAAGAAAAUCAUGUGCUUCCUAUUGAAUCUUCAACUGUGUCCUUGAUAGAAGUUAGAUGUUCUAUCCAAGCCAUGUCAGUAAAUCUAUAUUCUCAACAGAUAGAAUCUCUUUGUAAAGAACUUGUUGCCAAAGCUGACAUGAUAUUCACAUGUGCAGUAUCAAUUAGAAACGACAAGCCUCUUUUUCUUGAUAUGUCAUUUACUUCUUUGACACUCUCUUCGCUGUUUCCCUCAGUUGUCUUAGUGGAAUGCGCAUCUUCUAUCCAAAAUGCAUCUGCCAUUCGCUUGAAUUUCUUAGUGUCAGAUGAGGGCGAAAAACAGCUUCACUUCUCUCUUCCUUCUGUUAAAAUAUGGUUGUUUUUGUCUGACUGGAGUAGAGUUAUUGACCUUUUUUAUUCUUCCUGUGUACAACUUUCUACAAUCCGGAGUGAGGAAUCAAAGAAACCCACUUUAGAUUUGUCUGACCGUGUUGAUACUCCAGACAGUACAUCUCCAUCUAUUAGGGUGUCAAGUUACAUAUCUUCUGAAGACAUAGUGCAGCCUCCAUUUUCGCUAAUUGUGAAAUCGGAUCACAUUGGCGUAAAAAUUUAUGUUCCUGUUCAAGUCUCUGAAAAAGCAUAUAGAUAUGUUGGGGCACACCAAAUUCGAGAGCAGAAUCCAUUUGACAACUACAGCUUUCUCUCAAUAUGUUUGCAAAGCAGGUGCAUGGAUUUGAAUAUUAAUGAUAAAAAUGCAUGUCUGAAGUCUAAUAUUGGGAAGACAACAGGAACAGUUGAAUUAUGCCAAAACAAGAGUGUCCGUUCUUGGCCCCUUUUUCAGUUGUUGCAGGUUGAUGUUGAAACUGACAUUACUAACGAUGAGACGGGGCUCAUGCAUUUGAAGGUAGAUAUUCAGUGUGAUAAUCUAGAUGUUUGGCUUUCACAUGACACAUUUUACUUCUGGCAAGCUAUGCACUUAUUGUUUCCGGAGGAGGAAUCUGGGCCUUCUCAACUUCCAAUGUGUGGUAUAAGUCUCAAAUUUCUCUUAAGGAAGCUUUCCAUUCUUUUGACAGAUCAAAAGUGGAGCUCCAGUGGCCCUCUUCUAGAAAUCCUUAUGGGAAGCUUCUUGUUUCAUGGUAUCAUAACUGAGAACCUUAUGGAAGGAUCGAUUGAUAGUGAGCUUCAAGUGAACUACAAUAACAUUCACAAGGUGUUGUGGGAGCCUUUUCUUGAGCCUUGGAAGUUCCAAGUAAGCUUAAGAAGAGAGCAUGGGAAGAGCGCUCUCCAGAACAGCCCAAUCAUGACUGAUGUUCAUGUUGAGUCAAGAAUGAAUCUCAAUAUCAAUGUUACUGAAUCUCUUAUUGAGGUUGCAUUCAGAGCAUCUGAUAUGAUUAAGGAUGCUUGGGAUCCUAUGGAGCUAAAUGUUAUUUCUGAAAACUCAAGAUUCAUGGGAGCGGGUACCAGCGAAAAUGCACUUUCCAGCAGAUAUGCCCCAUACACACUUGAAAACUUAACUUCGCUGCCUUUGGUGUUUUAUAUUACCAAAGGUUCUAAAAAUGCUGACGGUUUUGAUGCAUCAUCAUUAAAAGAUGGAAAAUAUGUGCAGCCUGGUUCUUCAUAUCCAGUGUAUAUUAGUGAUACCCCAGAUAAACAAACCUAUAGCUUUAGUACUAGCCAUUCUUCUGACAAUUUAGGUGAAAGGAAAAUUGUAGAUGUACAACAUCACUAUAUCAUUGUUCAACUUGAGGGAACUUCCACACUUUCGACUCCUAUUUCUAUUGAUCUGGUUGGUGUUAGCUCCUUUGAGGUGGAUUUUUCUAAUGCGUCUACUAAUAUGGGAGUUGAUGGUGGUGGUGAUAUCUCCAAAGGUGCAAAAGAGUUCGAGGGGAACAGGAGAUUAUACUCAAGCAGCAGCUAUGUUGUCCCGGUACUAGUUGAUGUUUCAGUUCAGCGAUACACAAAGUUAGUGCGCCUGUACUCGACGGUCAUACUCUUGAAUGCAACGUCAGUGCCAUUUGAAGUGCGAUUUGAUAUUCCAUUUGGCGUAUCUCCGAAGAUUCUGGACCCAGUGUAUCCUGGUUGCGAGUUUCCCCUUCCUCUACAUUUAGCUGAAACAGGCCGCAUAAGAUGGCGUCCAUUAGGCAGCACAUACCUAUGGAGUGAAGCUUACAGCAUUUCAAAUAUUCUCUCUUAUGAAAUUAAGAUUGGAUAUUUGCGCUCAUUUGUCUGCUAUCCUUCUCUUCCAAGCAGUGAUCCUUUUCGCUGUUGUGUAUCGGUGCAUGACUUGUGCUUGCCUUCUGUUGGGAGAAUAAACAAAGGAUCAUCUCUUUACACUAAUGAGACUGUAAGGCAAUCAGCUGAGGACCACAAAGGUGACAAGAUAGAGAACCAGGAUCACUUAAAUAAACGUUGUAUUCACCUCGUUACAUUGAGUAAUCCUUUAGUUGUAAAAAACUACUUACCAAAUACAAUAUCUUUGAUGAUUGAGAGUGGUGGAGUUACUCGUAGCGUGCUGCUUUCAGAGGUUGAAACUUCUUUUUAUCAUAUUGAUUCGUCACAUGAUCUCUUAUUAAAUUUCCAUAUACAUGGGAUCGGAUCAUCUGUUGUAAGGUUCCCUCGUGCGGAGAAGUUCAGUGAAAUUGCUAAGUUCAGCGGAACGAAGUUUUCUUCAUCAGAAUCCAUUAACUUUAAUGCCGAUGAUUCUAAAUGUCCAUUAUAUGUUACAAUGGAAAAGGUGAUGGAUGCAUUUUCUGGAUCUCGUGAAAUCUGCGUUUUUGUUCCCUUCUUAUUGUAUAAUUGCUGUGGUUUCCCCCUUAUCGUUGCCAACUCUACAAAUGGAUUGGCAACACGUGGUUGCAUAGUUCCUUCCUGUUAUGAUAUAGAUGAACGUGGCCCGUCUGUAGGCAAAGAAGAUGGUCUUGGCCUUUUGUCUUCCAAUCUGCUUUUGCAUAAUGACGGUGUGAGGAGGUUUCCCCUUAAUAAUAAUCUUGUCUCUACUAGAAAGAGCUUGGGAACAUAUAAUAGUAAGUUUCUGAAGGAAUCCUUCACAUUAUCGGGUUCAUCUAUAACUGCUCUAGGAGGAUCAGAGAAGAAAACUAUAGUCACUCAAAACUCAUCUCUGCCUAAAAAGGAGAAAGGGGUUUCAAGAAGUCAACCAAAUGGGGAACAGAUUGAUUUUAGUGAAACAAAUCGCAAAAAGGUCAACUUUUGCAUGUAUUCUCCUGAUCCUAAUCUUUCAUCGAGUGAGAUUAUGGUUAGGGUUAGACGGUGCCAGUCUGAUAUUGAUGUGGAAAGUAUCUCGAACUAUGCAUGGUCUAAUCAGUUUUUCCUCGUUCCACCAACUGGUUCGGCUAGUAUUCUCGUUCCCCAAUCAUCAAACAAUGCUUCAUAUAUGAUCUCUGUUGCGUCUAGCACUGUUGCUGGGCCAUUUUCUGGGAAGACAAGGAUUAUUAAUUUCCAGCCCAGAUAUGUGAUUAGUAAUGCAUGCAGUAAGGAUUUAUGCUAUAGACAGAAAGGAUCUGACUUCAUUUAUCAUUUGAAGGUGGGGCAGCAUACCCAUAUACAUUGGACUGAUAUAACCAGGGAAUUACUCGUUUCUGUUCGCUUUGAUGAGCCCGGAUGGCAGUGGUCGGGGUGCUUCUUUCCAGAACAUUUAGGUGAUACGCAAUUGAAAAUGCGGAAUUAUGUUUCUGGUGCAGUUAAUAUGGUACGCGUGGAGGUUCAAAAUGCUGAUGAUGCAAUCAGAGAUGAGAAGAUUCUGGGGAAUCCGCAUGGAGACUCUGGGACGAACUUGAUUCUUCUAUCCGAUGAUGAUACUGGCUUUAUGCCAUAUAGGAUUGAUAAUUUCUCGAAGGAGAGACUGCGGAUUUAUCAACAAAAAUGUGAAGCAGUUGAGACUGUUAUUCAUUCCUAUACAUCUUGCCCUUAUGCAUGGGAUGAACCCUGUUACCCACAUCGUCUGACUGUUGAGGUAUUUGCCGAGCGAGUCAUAGGGUCUUAUUCUCUUGAUGAUGCGAAAGAGUACAAACCUGUGUAUUUACCUGCAAAAGCGGAGAAGCCUGAAAGAAGGUUGCUGUUAUCUGUCCAUGCUGAAGGAGCAUUGAAGGUCCUCAGUGUCAUUGAUUCAAGUUUUCAUAGUUUUGAGGAUAUAAAAACUCCACAUUCUCCCCGGUUAAAUGAUAAAAGAGAAUAUGACCCGAGGCAGGAAAACUCUGUUCUUUACAAGGAAAGAUUAUCGAUUUCCAUUCCCUUCAUUGGGAUUUCCGUUAUGAAUUCUCAACCGCAGGAGUUGCUUUUUGCAUGUGCAAGGAAUACAAUGAUUGAUCUGGUUCAGAGUUUGGACCAGCAAAAGUUUUCCCUGAAAAUAUUUGCUUUGCAGAUUGAUAACCAACUACCAACCACACCUUACCCUGUUAUAUUAUCUUUCGACCAUGAAAAUAAGCAAAUCCAAAAUUCUCAGAUCAAAACUAAAGAGGAAAACUUGAGGGUCAAAGGUGAACGUAAACAGUUUGUAUCUGACAAGUCAUGCGAGCCUGUAUUUUCAUUGGCUGCAGCAAAAUGGAGGAAUAAAGAUAAAGCAUUACUUUCAUUUGAGCAUAUAAGUUUAAGAAUGACAGAUUUUCAUCUAGAGCUCGAACAAGAUGUUAUCUUAGGUCUGCUUGACUUCUUUAAGAGAGUGUCUACAAGGUUUCAUAGCAAGGCGAUGCCACAUAUGGAUUCAGUCCUGCACCCAUUGUCCUCAAACUUCAGUGUAAAUAUGAAAACUAAAGUUUCUGAGACCCAUCAAACCGAUAAGGCAGAUAGGGAUUCUAUGUUUCUUGACAGUAAAGGUCGAAGUCAAAUAGGUCCUUUACUACCAUCAGUAGUGCCCAUUGGAGCACCCUGGCAGAAAAUCUACCUUCUAGCACGAAAACAAAAGAAAAUAUACGUUGAAGUGAUUGAAGUAGCCCCCAUUACUUUAACUCUAAGCUUUUCCAGCAGUCCGUGGGUACUAAGGAAUGGAAUACUUACAUCAGGAGAAUAUCUUAUACAUAGAGGUCUUAUGGCUCUGGCUGAUGUAGAGGGAGCACGAAUUCAUCUCAGGCAACUGACGAUUUCUCAUCAGUUAGCUAGUUUGGAAUCUAUCCGAGAGAUCUUGAUCAUACAUUACACGCGACAGCUUCUUCAUGAGAUGUACAAGGUUUUUGGUUCUGCCGGGGUUAUAGGCAAUCCCAUGGGUUUUGCAAGGAGUGUGGGACUUGGCAUCAAAGAUUUUCUGUCAGUUCCAGCCAGGAGCUUUAAGCAGAGCCCAGCCGGUCUUAUCACAGGCAUGGCACAAGGAACGACUAGUCUUCUUAGUAAUACUGUUUAUGCCAUAAGUGAUGCCGCCACUCAAGUCAGUAGAGCGGCACACAAGGGUAUUGUUGCAUUUACAAUGGAUGACCCAACUGCAAUGGAAAUUGAAAGGCAACAAAAGGGCAUGUCAACUCAUGGCAAAGGCGUCAUAAACGAACUUUUGGAGGGGCUCACUGGUCUUCUUCAAUCACCAAUUAGAGGAGCUGAAAAACAUGGUCUUCCAGGAGUACUCUCAGGUAUUGCUCUUGGAGUAACUGGACUUGUAGCGAGACCAGCUGCAAGUAUCCUUGAAGUCACAGAAAAAACAGCUCGAAGUAUUAGAAACCGAAGCAAACUCUACCAUGUGGGGUCUCAACGCCUACGAGUCCGUCUCCCUAGGCCUUUGAGCCGAGACUAUCCCUUAAGACCUUACUUAUGGGAAGAAGCUGUUGGUUUGUCUGUACUUGCAGAUGCCGAUGACACCUUGAUGUUGAAAGAUGAAACCCUAAUUCUUUCUAAACCAAUUAAACAAGGGGGCAAAUUUGUCAUAAUUACCGAACGGCUUCUAUUGAUUGUUAGUUGCCCGAGUCUUGUACAUUUGGGAAAACCCGAGUUUCGUGGGGUCCCUGCUGACCCUGAUUGGGAUAUAGAAACUGAGAUCACAUUGGAUAGCGUGAUACAUGUAGAUACAGAUGAAGAAGUUGUACACAUAGUUGGAAGUAGUUCAGAUAUUGUUUUCAGGCAGAAUCAGAACCAACAAAAAAGAGGCGUUGGAAAUUCAGGAAAGCAAAGAUGGUAUAAACCCCCUACGCCGCUACCACUUUUCCAGAUGAAUCUGGAAUGCUCAUGUAAAGAAGAAGCAGUAGAACUGUUGAAAGUACUUCUAGCGACAAUUGAAAAGGGGAAAGUGCGGGGAUGGGGUUGUGUGCACCGUUUGCAUCAGAGUAAUGUUAGGUAAAGUGGCGGCUGUACAUGAUUAUAUCAUCGGUUGUAAAUUUCUUGUAGAUACCACUAGGUCCACCAGAUAGGGUGUUGCUAUAUCCCCAUCAAUUAGAUCAAAGGCAGAAAAAUGAAAGUUACAAAAGGAAAGAAGUAAUACAUUAUAUGCAGUACAUUGAAAAGUCAGAAACUGAACAUGGUAGUAUUUAAUUAUUGAUUAUAUUUUUUUGUAGUA